AUGCCCGUUCAAACCAGCCCACCGUCGCUGCCGGACUCGUUCCCAUCUUUUAUGUCCGUGUUUGGCGGGGACCCAUCGAUAUCUCUAGAGAAAGAAGAACAACCUACAAAGGUACAACCUCUCAAUUUUCCGGCCAGUAUCAACGGAAAUACGAGACGCCCUCUACCUUUCCAGCACCGUGAAAGCGUUUCAUCUGUAACAUCGGGGUCUGCCGAUUCCUCCCCGACUACUACAGUAUCAACCUUUGAUUCGCCUAUCACUACAGAUACCUCUCCCAACUCAUCACCAGAAUCCCCAACAUCGAUGCCUCUUUCUUACUCUAAAUUCAUGACCGCAUCGCGCAACUUGGAGAAUCAGGGGUUGUCCACAGCUCAAAGCAAUUUGUCCAAGAUGACGUCUGAAUCUUCAACAACCCAAAAACGACCCGAUUCCCCGGGGAGACGAGACAGAAACCUGAAAAACCUGUCGCUGAGGAUGCCCCCACCAUUGAAUUCCUCACGCCCGUCGAUCUCGACUGCUUCGAUUGUAGAAACAAACUCUCAACAUCGUCUAUCCGCCCCGCCGUCCCCUAUAAGUAUACCCCCAAAAGGCAUCCGACGGAAACCCGCCGGUCUCACAAUUCGCACGCCCGGCUUCGACCGGUCAUUCUCCAACAAUAUUUCCGAGCUGGCUCCUCCAACCCCACAUGGUCGGAUGUCAUUGCGGCACGCCGAGUCGUCGCCCUCCUUGACGUCUGUUUUCUCCCCCUCAUUCGGUCCAAAGGGUGGCAUGCAAUUACCGCGACCAAGUACACAGCAUGGUUAUCGGCGACCGUCCGCCCACUCGGAGGACAAUCUCUCUCCGGUCCCUUCCGUCGCAGACGAGGGGGCUAUCGCGGAAACUGUAUUGCACGAACUGGCAGAAGAAGACGACAUUCCGCAAUCGAGAGAGUCCGCACGACGCAGUGAGCGUGGUUAUCCGAACGGACCCAUUCAAAUCUACGACUCUGGCGUUUUUCUGUACCUGGAACCUACGGCAGAUGAAGCCUCGCGGUUCGAUGUCGUCGUCAACGUGGCUAAGGAAGUUAUGAAUCCGUUCAGCAAGACGGCCGAUAACUCCCAAACUGUGAUGAGCACUUUGCGCAAUGGGACUGUCGAUUCCAAACAACAGUCCUGUUCAACUCCCUUUUCGGCCUUUUCAGACGCAUCUUUUAAGUCAGCUCUGGAAUAUCUUCCAGGUAACAGUUCGGACUCAGAUUCGAACAACGAACCAUCAUCGCCAGAGUAUGUGCAUGUCGGCUGGGAUCACAAUUCGGAGAUCCUCCAAGACUUGUACCCGCUAUGUGAACUCAUUGAAUCCCGUAUCUCGCAAGGAAAGAAGGUGCUUGUCCACUGCCAACUUGGUGCAAGUCGAUCUGCCUCGCUGGUGAUCGCCUACGGGUUGUACAAGAAUCCGCAACUGGACUUCAAUUCGAUGUAUGAAACUGUCAAGGAACGGAGUCGAUGGGUUUCUCCGAAUAUGAGCCUCAUCUAUCAGCUAACGGACUUUCGGUCACGGCUGCUGCGUGGCUCACGGCCUUCAUCCGGGGAUUGGUCAUUGAAGGGGUCUGCACCACCAACACCGCUUCCCGACGAAGCCAUGUCCUCUCAAACGGAGCCAUCAACAGAUGCAAAUGGCAACCCUGACACUGAAACCACGUCCUCUACAGUUCCAACGCAAGGUUCUCCCAGCUCUAAUUCCCUAUCGGUACCCUUGACUAGCCACACAACUCCGGUGUCCGCCAACAACUUGAGUUUUUCCAAAUCUCUUUCAAAGAAGCGAAGUGUUUCACCAAGGCCUCUGGCUUUACGACAAAGCUUCUUCAACCCAGAGAGCGGUAACCGUUUCUUGGAGGGUGAGUCUGGUGGUGACAGUGCAGGGCGCCAGUCAAGAGAUCCCCUUGCGAAGAAUGCCGAUGAGCCCUCACUCUUUUCUCCGCGAACAACGGGCUUCAUGUCGAUGACUAGGUCUCGACCACUGUCAGGAAUCCUUGAGGAUGGGCGAUCAAACGUGGCUUCAAUUGCGGAUCCCCGGUCACCUCCUCAAGGCCAUGAGCGAUUAAUUAUGAGAAGCAUUGAUGAGUUUCUGUGA